AUGUCGGGGCUCCUGGGGAAGCUGUUCGGGACGGGCGCCGGUGGGAAGGGCGCCGGGAAGGGCCCGUCCCCGCAGGAGGCGAUCCAGCGGCUCCGCGACACGGAGGAGUUGCUCAGCAAGAAGCAGGAGUUCCUGGAGAAGAAGAUCGAGCAGGAGCUGGCGGCCGCCCGCAAGCACGGCACCAAGAACAAGCGCGCUGCUCUUCAGGCCCUAAAGCGUAAGAAGAGGUACGAGAAGCAGCUUGCACAGAUAGAUGGCACGUUAUCAACAAUUGAAUUUCAGAGGGAAGCCCUUGAGAAUGCCAACACUAACACUGAAGUGCUUAAGAAUAUGGGAUUUGCUGCUAAAGCUAUGAAAGCUGCUCACGACAACAUGGAUAUUGAUAAAGUAGAUGAAUUAAUGCAGGACAUUGCAGAACAGCAAGAGCUGGCAGAUGAGAUUUCAACAGCCAUCUCAAAGCCAGUAGGAUUUGGGGAAGAAUUUGAUGAGGAUGAACUCAUGGCAGAACUAGAGGAACUAGAACAAGAAGAACUAGACAAAAACUUGCUGGAAAUAAGUGGUCCCGAGACAGUGCCACUACCAAAUGUGCCCUCAAUAUCAAUACCAUCAAAGCCAGCCAAGAAGAAAGAGGAAGAAGAGGAUGAUGACAUGAAAGAGCUGGAAGCUUGGGCAGGAACCAUGUAACUACAGCAGUAACUUGCUGGAAAAAGACUUUGAUUGCCUAUUCUGGGUGCAAAUGUGUUGUGUUGAGGAAGAAGCAUAAGAAAAAUGUCUUUAUCUUUAAUUUUAACCCAAAGCAGUGGGAACUGCAUCGCUGUUUUCUGCAUAGCAUGGUCUGCACAAAGGAAAGAAAGGGGAGCAGGGGGAAUUGCCUGCAGUUUAUACGGUUGAAUUUCUGUAAAAAGGUAUUUGCAAAAAUCAAACAUUCAGCUUUUGGACUGUGCUACUGCCACUGCUGGAUCUUCAUCUUCAAAAGUUUGGGCCAUAUUGAAUUGAAAUAAGCUGAAAAACACUCUGUAAUUUUAAGUCUGUUUUAGUGUGUCUAGAAGUCUUGUAAGGCGUUUAAAAACCAGGAAAAGUCAUAAGCCACCAUCGGCUUCUUAUUGUGUUUAGGUGCCAGAAUGCUUUAGGUUUUUAGUUCUUUGCAAGUUAUAUUUAUAUCCCUCCACUGAUGUGUGGCCAGCCUCCUGUUUGUCACUGCAACAAUGUAGUCACUAUUCCCAUUUUAAUUGGUGAUAAUGAUUUGCAAUUGACAAAUGCUGUCUUGGAAGUAGGGAAGAUUUAAAUUUCAGUUGUACAUUUUUCUACAUAGCACUACAAUGUUUAUUGCUUUUUUUGUGGUAAUUGAUAACCCAUUCAGAUACGUGCACACAAUUAUUUUAAUUAAGAAACUACUAUGGAUUGCACUGUAUUAAAUAUCUUGAUUAAUUUUCA